UAACACUGAAGCACUUGUAGUUUCGAAAAGACUCAAGUUACCAUAGGAAGACCGAACAGAUACAAAUUUUCUAGCGCAACUUAAAAUGCAUUUCUGGAGAUCGAAGAGUACUCUGCUGGAUAGCAUAAAAAGUGUUUUCAAUGCAUUUAGGAGAAAACCGUCCUUGGGUGCCCCUGACAUGAUGUUUCCAUGUAUUACUUCCAAGUCAAAUGAAAUUCUUUAAAUACGCUCAAAAAGACGAUUCUCUUUUAUUCUCAUCCUGGAAUAAGCUCGAUCGAAUGCUUUCUGGAAUAAAUAAGCAAAAAGGAAGAAUUCCCGUCAUAGAGAGUCACAGUAUAAAAGUCUGAAGAAGCGCGCGCGUUCCAAUUGGCAUAAUCUUCAUUACUAUUGUGACGCAAAUGUGUGAUUUUAGUGAACAGUUUUCCUGAAUUUCCGCUGUUGUUGCCACUGGUUAUAAGUUAAAGAACUUUGAGUCUCGAAACUUAACAAAAGUUGGCCAGAGACGAAGUUAGCCCCACAAAACUUGUUGGCAAAAUGUCAAGUUUUCUACCGUCAAUCAAUAACGUUAGAAAGAGCUCUCUUGUUGCUGCGCAAAGAAUCUACUCAACGAAGAAUUACUUAGAAUCAACAGCAACCAAUGGACGUUUAGGGAAAAAGAGACGCGGGGAGAAGAAGAGCAAGAAACUGACAUCUUCCUCGACAGAAAAUCUUCACAAAAAAGCGGAAAGAACAAAAGAAUACUCUCGAGAACUGAAAACAAGACAAGAAAAGGCCAAAGUGGCGCGAGAAGAAAGCUUAGUUCGGCUAAAAAAUCAGCAAGAACUACGAGAGAAGGGGUUGCGUGAAAAGAAGAGAUUAAAUGAACUGUUUUCGGUUUACGCAGCUCAACAUGGUCCUUCUUACAGAGACGGUGCAAAAGUUGUCAAACCAAAAUUCCCGGUUUUGUUAAAAAGUACCAAGAGUAGUGCUAUUUCUCGUGAGAAGAUCCCAUAUAGCCCUCUACCAGAUUUAUCAUCUGUGAAUAGGUUAGAAUCUCAAGAAUGAUUCCCUUUGUUAGGAAAGUUAACGUGUGAGCUUUGCGUAGAGAAGUAAAGUCAAGUGAUUUUGACUGAAGAGGGGUGAAUUGUUAGUGACAAACGCGUCAUUACUUAAUUCUUCCGCUGUAAAUUUAAUAUUCAUUGUUAUCUUGUAGCUUAUUUGUAUCAAACGUUCGUUAUGGUUGUUAAGUAGAGAGGC